UCAUGGAGGGGAGUGAUGAUUCUGCUACGAAUUCACUUUUAAAAGAUGAAUGCUAUAGUGAUUUCCUCUCUGAGGAUUUUGAUGUGAAGACGUACACAGCUCAAGCCAUCCAUCAUGCUGUCAUUUCUGAGCAACUUGCGAAGCUCGCAGAGGGGAUCAGUCAGCUUGACAAAGAGCUCCACUGCCAGGUGGUUGCCAGACAUGAGGACCUGUUGGCUCAGGCCACUGGGAUUGAGUCUCUAGAAGGUGUCCUACAGAUGAUGCAGACGAGGAUUGCAGCCCUGCAGAGUGCUGUGGACAGGAUACGGACCAAAAUUGUUGACCCUUAUAAUAAAAUUGUUUCCCGGACAGCGCAGCUGGCUCGUUUACAGGUGGCUUGUGACCUCCUGAGGAGAAUAAUCCGGAUCCUGUACCUGAGUAAACGUCUGCAGGGGCAGUUACAGGGCGGCAGUCGAGAGAUUACCAAGGCAGCACAGAGUCUCAAUGAACUGGACUACUUGUCUCAGGGAGUCGACUUGUCAGGGAUUGACGUCAUCGAGAAUGACUUACUGUUCAUCAGUCGAGCUCGGCUUGAGGUGGAGAACCAGGCCAAGAGACUGCUGGAGCAAGGCAUGGAGAUCCAGAACCCGUCUCAGGUCGGCACAGCACUGCAGGUCUUUUAUAACCUGGGAAAUCUGAGAGAGACCAUCAGUAAUGUGGUGGAUGGAUACCAUGCCAACAUACAGGACAAUGUCACCACUGCACUGGACAUUAAAGUUCUGACUCAACCGACCAACACCAGAGGUGCCCCAGGCAGGGCAGCAAUGCCAACUCCAGGUAACACUGCUGCUUUCCGAGCAGCUCUCUGGACCAACCUGGAAAAGCUGAUGGACAACAUUUAUUCAGCCUGUGCUCAGGUUCAGCAUCUUCAGAAGGUACUGACAAAGAAGAGGGAUCCAGUCACCCAUGUGUGUUUUAUCGACGAAAUUAUCAAGGAUGGACAGCCAGAUAUCUUGCACACCUUCUGGAACUCUGUCACUCAGACGCUGUCUGUGGAAUUUCAGAAAGCCACUGCCGCCUCUACAUUCCUCAAGCAGGCCUUGGAAGGAGAGUACCCCAAGCUGUUGAGGUUGUACAAUGAGCUGUGGAAAAGGCUCCAGCAGUACAGUGCCAGCAUCCAAGGGGCACUGGCCAGCAGCGGCACGGGCCUGGACAUGCCUGUGGAGCUGCUGUCCUCAGAGUCAGACUCUCAGGACCUGUUCAGUCAGACCAAACAGGACUACGAUCCAGAGAAGGCGCUGAAGGACUCUCUCCAGCCGUAUGAAGCUGCUUACCUGUCCAAGUCCCUUUCCCGCCUCUUUGAUCCCAUCAACCUGGUAUUCCCACAAGGAGGACGCAACCCUCCAUCCAAUGACGAACUGGACAGCAUCAUCAAGACCAUUGCAAGUGAGCUGAAUGUGGCAUCAGUAGACUCCAACCUGACUGUGGCUGUGGCCAGAAAUGCCUCUAAGACUGUCCAACUCUUCUGUGUCAAAUCAGAGCAGCUGCUGUGUACACAAGGAGAUGCCAGUCAGGUCAUUGGUCCAUUGACAGAUGGUCAGAGGAGGAAUGUUGCCGUGGUUAACUCCCUUUAUCGCCUCCAACAGGGCGUGGCCAAGGUAAUCUCUGGGCUGGGUUCCAUUCCUGCAGCAGCUGAGCAUUCUCUGACUGCGUCUCUGGAGGAGGUGCAGUCUUUGAUGGGAAAUGCAGUUCAACCUCUGCUGAAUUCUGUCACUGACUCUAUAGAGGCAAUCCUCAUCACAAUGCACCAAGAAAACUUCUCUGGGUCUCUGUCGGCACAGGGGAAGCCAGAUGUGCCAUGUUCUCUGUAUAUGAAGGAGCUUCAGGGCUUUGUGUCUCGCGUGAUGAGUGACUAUUUCCGGCACUUCCAGUGUCUGGACUUCAUCUACGACAGCACAGAGUCCAUGGCCCAGAGAGCGAUUCAGCUCUUCAUCCGCCACGCCUGCCUCAUCCGCCCGCUCGGAGAGGCCGGCAAAAUGAGACUGGCUGCUGAUUUUGCCCAGAUGGAGUUGGCAGUGGCCCCACUCUGCAGACGAGUGUCAGACCUGGGCAAAACGUACCGCCUGUUGCGCUCAUUUAGACCCUUGCUGUUCCAGACAAGUGAGCUCAUAGCCAGCAGUCCUGCAGUAGGAGAUCUGAUUCCAUACAGUACUGUCCUCCACUUCCUCUUCACUCGUGCCCCUCCUGAGCUCAAAUCUCCACACCAGAGAGCAGAGUGGUCCAUUGCACGUUACUCUCAGUGGCUGGAUGACCAUCCGUCAGAGAAGGACCGCCUCACGCUCAUUAGGGGUGCUUUGGAGGCCUACGUUCAGUCCGUGAAGGCCAGGCAGGGAAAGGAGUUUGCCCCUGUCUAUCCCAUCAUGCUGCAGCUUCUGCAGAAGGCCACCACUGGAGCAUAGAGGAGAUGACUUAAAAGACCACACUUCAGAGGCAAAAACAACAUCUCCUUUGGGUCCUCCCCUGUUCCCAAGUCUGUGUCUGGAUAAAUGACAGUACAUCUGAACAAAUGAUGACUGGUCCAAAGUAUGAAGAGGACAUCAUCAUCAUAGUUUUGGGACUGGUCCCAAGAGCUUACUGUUGAAGCUAAAUCAAAACACACAUUUUACAAUACACCUCCACAACGACUUUGGGCUUUUAACCAAAUGUGGUGGAACUUCCAGUUAUGUGUGUGUGUUUUUUCCCCUCUUGAUUAGUGCUUCCCAGACCAUUUCUUUCCCACAGUAACAGGUUUGUAAAUCUCAGUUAGCUAAAGUAUUCUCAAGAAUGAGGGUUUUUUUUGGAGCCAAGAUAUGAAUUGGAAGGAGGCUCUCAAAGAGCAGCUUAGAAAACACUAUACUACCACACAGCUUCCUUCUCAAGGACUUUAAAUGUGUUCAAGUUGGUAAAUAGGUUAACAAGUUUUUUUUUAAGACUUACUGUAUUCGUUGGCUUUUGGAUUCUUCAAUGGUAAGGGAUAGCUCUUCUGUUGCUUAUUCUAGAUUAGAUUGUUAUUUUAUAUCCAGGCUAUAUUUAAGUGUUUCUCAACCCAAUACGCCUGAAUCAGUCAGUCAGAUAGGCCUGUGGAUACUUGCUGGUGCAAGGCUCAAAGAGAUCCACAGUCAUAAUUUAUUUACCCUUUUUAUAGCCUGUUGGUGAUGGUAUAAUAUAUGGUAUCUCAAAUCUGGUCCCAGCUUUGCCCUCACCUUAUUAAUGCUGGCUGAUCGUUACUUGGGAAAUUGGUGCGUUUACUUUCUAACGUUGUAAAAAUGCAGAUUAAAGUACUUAUAAAAGCUGUGUAAUCUUGGGAAAAUGUUACUGAGUUACUGCCUUCCUUGAUUGUGAAAGUGGAACAAAUAUUUUUUGACAGACAAAAUCCUCAGCUAAGAAAAAACAAAAAAAAAAAGCAAAAAUAUUUCAGGUUGCAGAUACAAGGUGCCUCAGGUCAUAGAGGUCCAAGGUCCUGCUGUUUUUUGCGCUCACCUCAUGCGCAGGGACACUGGCAUGUGUACUUUUCAGUUAGUCAGACACCACAACCCUGAGUUUAUAAUGAAUAGGUUUCCUCUCCUGUUUCCCAGCUUUAUAAUGUUACAACCUGAAGAGUAGACUAAGUGUUCCAGUUAAAAAUACACACACAGUUUAUUUGGCUUUAGCAUGUCUGAUUAGAGUGUAUGGCUUAUUGCUCCCUUGGCUUUCACUUACAAAGAUAUAAUGAUCAUGUAAUCACUCAGGUGGGGAAGACCCUGAUUUUCAUCACAGUGAUACUGUCACUAUGGAGGUACUACAUUAACCCUCCAGUGCCCCUCUCCCAUGUAACAGCAAUAAACAUUUACCCCAGGAAUAAAUGUCUCUAUACCUUUCCCCUACUACCACUCAUUCAUCACCUCCACCCAUAACACUGAGAGGGAUAAGUUGACAUGUAAAUGUUCUCUCUAAAUGUUACGUUCACAUGACUGUACAAAAUGAUGCUGUGCAAUUUUUACAGUUCCUGCGUCAGACGUAAUCAGACAAACUAAGUCGAACACUGAGUUUGGUUCUGAGAUGAUGAGUUUAAUGAGUACUAUGGUCUGGUCUUCACCUUACAAAGUCAAGUUUGAGUCAAGUUUGACCUUUGUAGGGUGUUGACAAGGUUGACAAUGUUUACAUUGUUUGCACAUUGUACAUCUCACACUUAACAGAAUGUAAGCUCACCAGCCACAAAAAAGUGA